GAAGUAAAAAAGUAUUUUUUACAGAUUGUAACGAAUUGCAAAAUGAGACCGGAUGUCCUAAGGUAUGCAAGAAUCUAGAGAAUAUAGAUAAAAAGUUUGAAGAUGAGUGGAGACGCGACUAAAAGUCUGACAAGGGUUGAAAAGGCAGUCAGGUCAAAGAUGGUGUCUGCCUGGAAUAAUAUUAAGUAUGGAAGAACUAUGUUCAAGAUUGAGCUUAAAACAAGUUUCUCGGAGAGCACCCCUGUCUGGAUUUUAGGAAAACCUUAUCAUAGAAGUAAACCCAGACAAGAAGAUGAGUCUAUGCCCAAAUCAGAAAUUAUGGCUUUUGAAUCUGAUUUCAGUUCUAGGAUAUGGUUUACGUACAGAUCGGACCUCCGUAAGUUUUCUGGAACAGAUUUAACUACUGACUGUGGUUGGGGCUGCAUGAUUAGAACAGGGCAGAUGAUGAUGGCUCAGGGUCUUGUAAUGCACUGGCUUGGAAGAGAGUGGAGAACAAACAAACAACCCGCAGACAAUCCCACACCUUCCCCUGACAGACAAACAUCGGUUAAAGAUAGAAUACAUAGAGAUAUCCUCAGAUUAUUUUCUGAUGUUGAAAUAUCCUCUCCUCUCUCAAUACACAAUCUAGUACGCCUGGGCCGAAAUAUCGGUAAAGGAGCUGGAAACUGGUUCGGACCAGCAUCUGUAGCAUACCUCAUGCAGCUAGCCGUAGCUAAUUUUCAAGAAUACCAAAGCUUAGUGAGUAAUUUAGCUGUGUACGUAGCUCAAGAUUGUACAGUGUACAAGGAGGAUAUUGUCAGUAUGUGUACAGUGAGCCGAGUGCCCAAGGAAACUGUAAUUCAAGAUUUCGCUGUAUUAGAAACCCCAACUCAUCUAGAUACCAUGCAAUAUUCUUUCAGUGAGGAAGUUAUUGUUGAGGGGGAGAGCUGGUGCUUCGAGGAGGGUGGAUCGCUGGUUCCUGACCCAAACUGGAAACCUUUAGUUAUAUUUAUCCCUGUUAGACUCGGUGGAGAACGUUUCAAUCCUCUUUAUUCUAGUUGUCUAAGGUCCUUGUUAACCCUACCUAGCAGUCUUGGUUGGAUUGGAGGCCGGCCUACACAUUCUUUAUACUUCCUUGGCUUUCAAGAGGACGACCUCAUUCAUCUAGACCCUCAUCGACUGCAGCCUGCAGUAGACACUACAGGGGUUAAUUUCCCUACACACUCAUAUCAUUCCUCUGCUCCUAGAAAAAUAUCAAUAUCUAAGAUGGAUCCCAGCUGCUGUUUAGGAUUCUAUAUCAGAACACGAGAUGAGUUUGAAUGCUGGUGUCAGGGAAUUGAAGAAUUUGCCACGCCUUCACCUGUUGAGGGGCGUUCCCAGUACCCAAUAUUCUCUGUAGCUCAAGGGAGAGGGGAUGGGGUGGGAGGUAGGGGGGAAGAGGGGGAGUGGAGCUCACUCCCUGAGGAAACAGAGACACAAGAAGAUAUUCAAUCUGAAGAUUUUGUAUUUUUAUAAAAGUAAAAUUUACUUUUUCACUAAAAUUUAAUUUAAUCAUAUUUAUUGAUUUUUUUCUUGAGCAGAAAAAAUGAUUGCUAGAUUGUAUGAAUGUCACCCACCAAUAAAGUUUGCGGAAUGGUUAAA